AGGCACAUUUAGCUCUUUGCAGGACGGAGAGGGAGCAAUGAAUAGCAGAAAGUGGUUUCCAGCACUGAAGCUGGUGGCUUUACUGUGCUGCCUCAGUCUGCAGCCUGUUGAAACGGGAAAGGUGCUGGUCGUGCCGGGGCAUGGAAGCCACUGGCGCAGCAUGAAGUUACUGGUGAAAGAGCUCACCCACAGGGGUCAUGACAUGUUGGUGCUGGUGCCCGGAACCAACCUAAUCCAUGACUUAGAGCAAUUCAAGAUUGAGAUCUACCCAGUGGAACAUACCCAAGGUGAAGUGGAUGGAGUCAUGGAAGAGCUGAUUGAUAGAAUCUUCCUCGAGUUACCAAAGUUCACGUCCAUGUUAAUAACGGCACAGCUGUUGGUUAACAUUACUCAUUACGCCAUUAGAGGUUGUGAAAGUUUGCUUAACAACCAGCAGCUAAUGAGUCGACUGAGAGAGGCCGGCUUCGAUCUGAUACUUACAGACCCCCUCGACCCCUGUGGCUCCAUACUGGCUCGUGUCUUUUCCAUUCCAACUGUGUACUUCCUGCGUGGACUUCCAUGUCGGUUAGAAUACAGUGUAAACCAGUGUCCCAGUCCUCCCUCUUUUGUUCCUUCGUUGCUAUCUGGAAAUAUAGAUGUCAUGAACUUCCCAGAGAGAGUCAAAAAUGUGCUUCUGUCUGUUGUGGAUAAUUUUGGAUGCAGAUUAUUUCUUGGCCACUAUGAUGAAAUGGUGAGCAGGUAUUUUGGAGAGGACAUGACCUACAAGGAUCUUAUUAGCCAUGGUGAUAUCUGGCUAUUGAGAAAUGACUUUGUUUUUGAAUGGCCCAGACCUGUCAUGCCAAACAUGGUCUUCAUUGGAGGUAUCAACUGUGCUAAGAGUGCUCCUCUGCCACCAGACUUGUCAGAGUUUGUGGACGGCUCAAGUGAUGAUGGAUUUAUUGUCUUCACCCUGGGAUCAAUGGUGUCCAAACUGCCCGUGGAGAAGGCUCAACGGUUCCUUGAUGUCUUUGGACAAAUUCCUCAAAGGGUUGUAUGGAGAUAUACUGGAGUACCACUUUUGAAUGUGCCCGAGAACAUCAAGCUCAUGAAGUGGCUACCGCAGAACGAUCUCUUAGCCCAUUCCAAGGCUAAACUCUUCAUCACUCACGGAGGCUCCCACGGAAUCUACGAGUCCAUCUGCAACGCUGUACCCAUGCUGAUACUUCCACUGUUCUCGGACCAGGAAGACAACAUGCUUCGCAUGGUGACACGUGGUGUUGCAGAGACGCUCAAUAUACAUGAUGUGACCACAGACAAACUAUUGGCAGCAGUAAAUAAAAUCAUCCAUGAUAAAAGCUACAAAGAGAGGAUAGUGCAGCUGUCUCACAUACACCUGGAUCGUCCCCUUCAGCCGAUGGAACAGGCUGUCUUCUGGACCGAGUUUGUCAUCAGGCACAAAGGGGCUGCACAUCUGAGAGUUGCUGCCCACCAGCUGAACUGGAUUCAGUACCACAGCCUGGACAUCAUCGGCUGUUUGAUCAUCGCUCUCGUGACCGCCCUGUGGGUGACCCUGAAAUGCUGCUUGGUCUGCGCCCGUGUGUGCUCCAGAAGAGGACGUGCAAAGACAAAAUCAGAGUAGUAACAUACUUCCGGUGUUAUAAAGUCUGUGAUGAAGUAAGUGAUGUAGGUUGAGGCAGUGGGCAGUUUGUCCUUUUCCUCAUCCAGAAGCAAUCAUUCUAUGAUUAAAAUCACUAUCAGUAUAAUUGUGUGUGUUUUUUCGAAACACACAUUUUGCUUUGCCUUGAUGGCCAGCUGCUUUAAUCUGGAACAAAGGAGGAUUCUUGUAACGUACUUGACAAGAUAAAGAGAUAAUGAUAGACUGAAAAAAAAAAAAGAAAUGUUACCUCCCAUGGAAAAACACACAUCGCUCCAAGAACCGAAGAUGUUAACGAUUAAACACAUUUGUAAGGUGGGUGACUUUGACAUUGUAAAAGGAAAAGUUAGGCAUAGUGGAAGUUGUCAAGCUGUCGUUGUGACACGUUGCUUCUUACAUCUUUCAGAGAAAGUUCCGCCCAAGGUGAUUCACAAACAAAACUUUUACAUUUGCAAACAAAACUAUAGGAUUCACAAACAGAACUUCAGACGAAUUUUCAGGCCCAUUGAGAACUCUAGCUGAGGCCGAUCAACAUUUAUAAAAUGCAUUACAAAUAGAGCUGCAACUGACAAUUAUUUUCAUAAUCGAUUAAUCUGGCGAUUAAUCAUUUGGUGCAUAAAAUAUCAGAAAACCUUAAAAAAUGUUAAUCAGUGUUUGUCAAACCUGAAAAUGAUGAUGGUCUCAAAUGUCUUGUUUUGUCCACAAACCAAAAUGAUUCACUUUUAAUGAUUUCUUUGUUAUCCAGAGCAAAGAAAUUAAGAAAAUACUCCCAUUUAAGAAGCUUAAACAAUCAGUAAUCAUG